UUCCGCGUGUGGGGCCUGGAGCGCUUCUGCUCUGCCUGAGUCCUCCGUGCAGGAGGUUGGUGUGUGGUUUCCGUCGUGCCCCCGCCACCUCGGCCAUGGGGGUCCCCAAGAGGAAGGCCUCAGGCUGCCGGGGCAGCACAAGUUCCUCCGCGGGCGCUGCCAAGCGAACCCGUUCCGAAGAGUUCACAGGCGUGAGGUUCAAGACUCAGUUGAGGGACCCACAGGGCGUCAGGCCAGCCUUGGAAGCAUUUGUGUCUGCUGCCAAGAAGCUACCACAAGAAGAUGUGUGUGAUGUUGUUGAAGGGUUUAUAAAGAUAUCUGUGGAGUGUGCUGAAGUCUUCCAGCUCCUGAGUGGAGAGAAGCGGCCUGAAAGUGAAAUGUUGUUAAUAUUUCAAGUUUUCGAGGCCAUAUUGUUGCGGACAGCCAGUGAUCUCUCACAUUUUCAUGUUGUGGGUACCAACAUUGUGAAAAAACUAGUCAACAACCACAUGAAGCUCAUCUGUGAAUCCCUGUAUGCCUCGGGUUACAGGAUGGCUCGAGCCUGCCUGGACCUGAUGGCUGCCAUGGUGACCCAGGGUCCCGAAGCUGCCAGGGAUGUCUGCAGCCAUUUUGACCUGAAUAAAAAGACUUUGUACUCCCUGGUGACCAAGAGGGAUUCAAAGGGAAUGCACGAUGUCCGUCUGGCCUAUAUUCGGUUCGCCCUGUCCUUCUUAAUUGCAGGUGAUGACAGCACAAUAGGGCAAGUGCUGGAACUGAAAGAAUUUAUUCCUUGCAUUUUUAGCUCAGGAGUAAAGGAAGACAGGAUUUCCACCAUCAACAUCUUGUUAUCCACACUGAAAACAAAGGUAGUUCACAACAAAAACAUCACCAAAACACAAAAGGUGCGUUUCUUCACGGGGCAGUUGCUGAAUCACAUAGCAUCUCUGUACAGCUGGAACGGAACUAUGGAUGUCACUCCAGAAAACCCGGAGGAUGCCAAGAUGUCUGCUGAAGAAGCAGGGAAAGCCAUGGUGAGGGAGCUCGUACAUAACUUCCUGACAGAUCUUUGCUGUUCGCGCAAGCACGGGAUUAAUUUUUAUGAUGCAUCUUUGGGUACCUUCGGCAGAGGAGGCAACCUAACACUCUUACACUUCCUGUUGGGUUUGAAAACUGCAGCUGAGGAUGAGCUGGUGGCUGAGCUUGUUGUGAGCAUCCUUAAAGUGUGCCCGGACUUGCUGAACAAGUACUUCAAGGAAGUCACACUCUCCUUUCUCCCAAGAGUGAAGUCCACUUGGCUAAAUAAUAUCAAGCUGCUGAACAAGAUCUAUGAGGCCCAGCCGGAGAUUUCCCGGGCACUGUGGACCAGAGAGUUUAUCCCCUUGCCACGGCUCCUAGCAAUGGUGAUGGUGACCACAGUGCCCCUGGUGUGCAAUAAGAUCAUGUUCACUCAAGCAUUAAAUCUGGACAGCACAUCGGUGAGACACACAGCUCUAUCCCUUAUUUCCUUCAUUUUGAAGAGAGCAUUAAAAACGGUUGACCACUGCCUGAAUAAAGAGGCAUGGCAAGAAUCAGGCGUGUACACAGCUGGGAUGAUGGAAGAAUUCGUGCAGCACUUCAGAGAAGCCCUGAGUAAGAUUUUGCCAGAUCUGAACACUAUUGUGUGGGUCUGGCAGUCACUUAAAAAGCAAGAGAUUAAACAGGAUGAUGAGAAAGGGAAGAAAAAAGGUGCUGGGACUCCAGCUGCCCAUGAGGCUGUCCAGCGCAACGAUGCAGAAACUAUCCUUUUGAAAGCUGUUCUCCUCCAGGUCAUAUGUCUUUACCAAAAGGUGGUCCCCAUCAUGGUAAUGCAGUACAACUUUGACUUCAGCAAACUCCUGAAAGGUGUCAUCUCUGAGCAGGGCCUUCGUGAGGAGGUCCCUCCCAUUCUGCAGCACCACAUGCUGAAGGUGGCCCUGGAACUGCCUGCCAACAAAUUCUUGUGGUUAAAGGCACAGGAAGGCCCGGAUGCAGAAAUUAUUGGAGGAGACCGAUCCGUGUUUUACUUACUGAUGAAGAUGUUUGUGACCAGUAGCCAUUUACACCUCAAGUCUUCCACCAAACUUCUGAUCGUGAAGAUUCUGCGGGAUACAGGCGUGUUUGAGCACACCUGGAAGGAGCUGGAGCUCUGGCUGGAGCACCUGGGUAGCACCAUGGAAGAGAGCAAAGAAACUGUGAUCCAGUUUCUGGAACGUGUUUUAUUGACGCUGGUGGUGAAUCCCUAUCCAUACACAGACAGAGCAGCUGACUUUGUCCAAGAAGCCAGCACACUGCAGGCCUCUGUGGGGAGGCAGGACACGGAUGAUGUCAGCAUUCCCAUCUCCCACAUUGACGAUGUGCUUGACAUGGUGGAUGUCCUGGUAGAGGGCAGCGAAGGCUUGGAUGAGGAGAUUGGGUUCUCAUUAAGUGAAGACAUGGUCCUGCUCACGUUCCCGUUCAGUGCUGUGGUUCCUGCAGCCCUGGAAGCCAGGAAUAAGUUGCUCCUUGGGACAGAAAAUGAAGCAGGAGAGACCAUCGUGGCAUAUCUGACAGCAGUACUGACUGACCUCCUCCACACCCAGAGGGACCCCCUGGCUCUGUGUCUUCUGCUCCAGGCUUAUGACAAGUUUGAGCCUCAAGGCUCACCUUGCUGCCAACAGCUCUCCCUGUUCAGCAGAUACUACAGCCUCUGGAUCCCAGAGCAAGCCAGGGAGGCCAGGGUGUUUAGUAGCCCUGUGCCCUACACUCCCCACUCAGCCUCCUGCUUCUCCGCCCUGCUUCAGGCAGCCUAUGAGAGCCAGACACUCGGGGACGAGUGUGUUCAGACACAGCUGCAGGAUGCCCUUCCGCACCUCGCCCUGCACCAGGCUCUGCGCUCUGCCAAGCAGGUGCUGCUCUACCUCAGAAGCACUGUGGAGAACUUCAGCCAGCUGGGCAGAAGUGCAGGCCCCCCCCUUCUGCAGCUCUUCCUGGAUCUCCUCACUCGCCUGGUUGUUCACUGUGAGCAGCUGGAUGCCCAGAACCAGCAGAAGUGUGAGGCUGCCCGUUCCCAAUCUGACCUAUUCUUGGACAUGGAUUCCAUGGCCUCGCUGGAGUUAGCCAAUGACCAGACGCUGGAGGACGUAUUGGUAGCCAUCCUCAGACACCCCACACUGGAGGGCUGGUUUCUGGCCCUGGAGCAGCAGGCCCUGCCCCCUCAUAUGCUUAGCCCCAUUCUUGUGAAGCUUCUGGCUGCCCACUUCAGUGCAGGGGUCCUUCAGCUGUUGGUGGCAAGUGCCCCGAUCCUCCGCAGCAUGGGGCGGCUGGGCCUCCUGGUCAAGUACUUGAAGGCCAUCACCCAAAGCGUGUUGCGAGAGCUGCGAGCCAGGAGCACAGGCCAAGCCACAUCAUCCUCCAAGAGCCUGCCACAGCUGGCGGCCCUGCGGGAACUGCAUCCGUACAUGGAAGGUGCACAGCUCCGUGAGAUCACCCUGGCACUGUUGGGCCUGCCUGAGGUUUACCUGCUGACCCAGCGACCCCCAGAGUUCCCUGGGAAAGAGCGACACCUGAGCACUCUUGGGAAGACCCUGGUGCAGCUCUUAGCUAGCAGCCCCCAGGAUCAGCUGCAUAGCGGGGAGCUUUUCUGGUCCUCCGAGUAUGUGCGAGGCCUCGGAGCUCUGCUCCCCGUGCUGUCCGUGGAUGAGCUGGACACCACAUUCCUUCACACUCUGCAGAGAGACCCCGUGCUGGCCCCCGUAGUGGCAACUGACUUGCUUGACUACUGCCUGAUCCGGAGGACGCGAGCCACCCUUGACAUUGCUGGCUUGCUGCUUCAGCAGAGCUGCACCCACUUGCUAAGAUUUGAGCUGUGGUGUGGGCAAGCCAGUGCAGGGCUCAGCCUGAGAGAGGACCUGGAUGACUUCCUCCCCCUUGUCCAUGUGUACCUCCAGCACAGGACACAAGGACCCUUCACACGGCCAGCCAAAGUGUCCUCUGCUGUCAUUCCUGUCUUGAGGAAGGCCCUGUGGAGACAGCUGCAGGACCAGCUUCUCAGUACUGAUGGGCGCCCUGAGUCUGGGCUGCACCAGGAGGUCCUGGCCCAGCUGGUUCCAUUUGCGAGAGCCAAAGAUCUGCGUGUGCUCAUGGACCACUUGCCCAGCUUGCUUCAGACUCCAGGCAGUCGAGAGAGUUGGAUGGUGGCAGACUCUGUCUCAGCAGCCCUAGAGGAGUCAGCAGCAGAGCUGCAUGCCUGGAGGAAGACCCUCCUGGAGUCCUGUGUGCAGUGGUUGCUUAUGUCCUUCAGUGGUAGCGAGCCAGGAGGUGACAGUAUCCAGGAUCAAGAGAAGCACAUGCUGCUCAGACUAAGCAAGUUGUUGCAUGUACUCAAUGAAAUUGACCCUGGCAAUUGGCAGAAAUUGGUGAAGACAGGACUCAAAUUUCGGUAUCAGGACCACACCUUUUUAAAGACCCUCCACACCGCCACGCAGCUACUGUAUGGCCCGGAAAGUCCCAUGUGCCCAAAGCUCAUUCAGCUCCCAGUGGUCCACAUGAUGCUCACCCAGCAUUCCCUGUUUUUGCCAACCCUGCUGACAUCCGAGGAAGAGGGAAACCCAGACAGUCAAGUAAAAGAAGCGCUGGUGGACCUAAUGUCGGCAGUGGUGAGGCUGUGCCCAUCUGUCUGUGAGAGCAGCCAUUUUGCAGUACUUCUCGGAGCCUAUGGUGCCACCCUCAGCGUCCUUGACCAGAAGAUUUUGCUUCUUCUCCGGGCAUAUGAACAGAACAGUCUCAGCCUCAUCAACUUCAAGGUGCUGCUCUGGGGUCCCGCAGCUGUGGAACACCACAAGACACGCCGGAGUCUGGGCAAGUCACUGUGGCAGCAGCCGAGUGUCGGGGACAUUCUCCGCCUCCUGGAUCAGGACCGCAUGAUGCAAACCAUCCUGCACUUCCCCCAGCACCGGAAGCUGCUGCCCCCUGAGAAUGCACAGGAGUCAAUAUAUAAAGACAAGAGCGUGAAAGUGGAUCUUGACAGCCUUUAUGACCCCUGCUUUCUCCUUCAGCUCUUCGGGGAGCUGACCAGGCCAGAAUUUGUGGUAGACUGUCGAAAAUUUCUGGAUUCAAAUGCUCUGGGCCUGACUAUUGCGGCUCUUAGCAGCUAUGACCCCCAGAUGCGAGCUGCGGCCUACUACGUCUUGGCAUCCUACCGCUCACACCUGGAGGGCGCUCGGUUCCGGGAGCAGUCCCAGCUACUUUACCUGUUGGACAUAGUCCGAAAUGGCAUUCGAACUCCAAACCUGAGACUCACUUUUACAUUGGCUCUCUUCAUUGCCAAGGCAGCACUGCAGAUUUUAAAACCAGAGGAACACAUGUAUUGGAAGAUCAGCAAGUUCCUGCUGUCACACGAGUACUUGAACAUGGACAAAGUGCCAGGCUUCUACCAGUUCUUCUACAGCUCUGACUUUGAGCAAAAAAACGAGCAGGAGUGGGUAUUGGGAAUUCUGCGGCAGGGGAUUCGCGACAAGCAGUGUUACGAGCUAUGUGCCAGACGAGGGAUCUUUCACAUAAUCCUGUCCUUCUUCAGCAGCCCGUUGUGUGACGAAGUGGCACAGAACUGGAUUCUAGAAAUUCUACAGAAUGCUGCCCAUGUUGCCAGAUCUGCCUAUGAAAUCAUACGGGACUAUAGCCUCUUAACAUGGAUUUUAUACAUCCUCGAGAGCAAGUUUCUAGAGACUCAGCUGCUCUCUAAUGUGGUCUCUUUGCUGCAUACGCUGUGGGUGACCAACCUGGGAGACAAAGGAAUGGAGGAGGAGAGCCAGCCACCUGGGCAGCCAGGCUCCCGAGAGCCCCGCAAGCUCCUCGCCCUGCACCUGAUCACCGAGUUCCUUUACAUCCUCAUCGCAGUCAUGAAGCACCUGAGGCCCACCUUGGCCUCUGCCCAGCUGACCAACUUCUUUAGAACACUUGACUCUGUGCUGAGGUACCGGGCCACCGUCAUGAAAGCCUUCAAGGACAUGGGCCGAUUUACUGUGAAUGAAACAGUGCUUUCUACCAAAGACGUCCUGGUCCUCUUGCACAAAUGGAGCCUCAUUGAAAGAGAUGUCAAGCUCCAAGAAGACGUGAGAGCAGCCAUUGAGAAGUGCCAAGUCAAAGACCUAAUGAAAAUGCUCAAGGAUAAGAACAAACCUGGAAUGCCAUCCCGAGCCAAAGGCCUUCGAGGCCGCAAGAAGAGGCCUGGGGAGGCAGAGGAGAUGGCCAACCCUGAGCUGGAGGCAUCCAGUUUGGAGACUUGCAAGGCCUUCCUGAGGUCCAUACUGACCCACUGGGGGCCAGUGGUCCCUGGCCCUGGACCCACUCAAGAGCCUAUGGACUGGGUCAGCUCUAAGAGUGAAGCACCGAGCCCUGUGUAUGCUGCCACUUCCCUAGUGGUCAGCUGGGUGCUGCGGUCAGUGGCGGAAUGCCCACUCAGCAGAGCAGAGGCUGCAGGGCUUCUUGGUUGGCUUAAGAAGCACAUUUUACCACAUCCAGUGGUGGUGACUGACCUUCUCCAGGACAGUGCUGUGAAGAGUGACCUGUUUAAGCUGUAUAGUCGCCUCUGUAGUGCCGAGGGGCUGGUAGGGCCUACACAGGAUGUGGUCUGCCUGUUCAACACUGUCAUGCUGCAGUUGGUGGCUGCCCAACACCAGGCAAUGAGCCCCUUCCAUCUGGCAGUGGAGGCCCUGUGCACUGCUUCUCUGAAUGAGAAGGAUGAAGCCACACGAGCCUCAGCAGCCUUCCUGGUAUCUCUGUACAUUAAGGACAUUUGGCUGGGGACCCAGCGGCCAGGCACCUUCUUAAGCCACAUUCAAAUGGUCUGUGAGGCCACAGAGGACGCACCAGGUAGAGAGGAGGCCAUCAGUGUGCACUGCAAGGACAUUGCUACUUCAGCCUCGGAUGCUCGACACCCUGCUGUGACGCCUUAUGCUGACUCCCUGCUGACUGACACCCGAGCACCAGGCUCUAGGUCACGGUUUCCAAGGGAAGUAUGAAAUGACAGGUUCAAUACACCGACUCAGUUCUCUGACAAGAAGAGUUGAAGGGACUUUACUUAAAUGACCUGUAAAGGGACUGUGUGUGUACCAAGUAGUCAAAGCCGAAGUGCCCAUGGGGUGCUUGGGCUCCAAGGGCUGUCAGGGGUUCAGGCAGACAGGCCCUCCUUGUCCCAGGUGUGCUGCCCUUCAGUGGAAAUUCCUCAAGUUGAAAUGAUACUUGUGAGUGUGGGAUGGAUUCACAAGCUCAAAUGUCAUAUUUUUUGAUGAGCAUAAAGAAAGAUAUUUAAAGUUUUUUAAGGAGUAAUAGCAAAAGUUUGUUUGACUCUUAAUAAAUGAGUUCCUGCCAGUUUGCUGAUCAUUUUAUUAAGUCAAAGGAUGUUAUGCUGAAUUAUUAAAGAGUAAAAUAACUUGAUCUCUGCUUUAGAAGAUAGCCUGUAUUUUUUUAAAUUGUG